AUGGAGGCGCUGCGGCGGAUGCGGCCCCCGGCCAAAGGUGCAACGCCGGUCAGCGACCCGGACAGCAUGCUUCCGUGCGGCCACCACGUGCACGCGAUGCUGGUCGCAUGCUAUGGUACCCUGGCCGCGGGCACCGCACUCGGGUUCGCCUCGGCUGCCAUGGCGUCCAUUGAACGCCAGUCCUGGUACGACCUGCCGCGUGUGCCGCCUCAGAACAGGUGGAUCGCCGACAGCCUCUUCCUGGGAGCCACCGUGGGCGCUCUGUUCUCGGGCUUGGUGCUGCAUAUGGCCGGCUACAGAACAAGUAUGUUGCUGUCUUCGGCCGGCCUAAUCAGCUCGUGGAUAUGCAUGGCCUUGGGAAGCAAUGUCAGCAUGGUACUGGUCGGCCGGGUAGCUUGCGGUCUCUUUGUGGGUGUUGUCGCCAACUGCGCCUGCCUCUAUAUCGCCGACGUCGCGCCUCCAGCCAAGAGAAGCACCUACGGAGGCCUUCCGGAGGUUGCCACAAGUGCGGGAAUUCUGACGGCUUACUCAUUGGCUGGAUUCCCGUGGGAAGUGCAGGCAGGUGGUUGCGCUCUCGCUGCUAUUCCCACGCUUGCGCUGCAGCGCUACAUUAUCGAGAACCCACGCUGGCUUCUGGCACAAGACCGCUUUCUCGAUGCUGACAAGGCCGUGAUGCGCCUCUACGGCAUCGACCCUCCACCUGAAUUCCGGCAACACAAAGGCAAUGAACUCACACAGCAGCAGGGCACGGCAGCUUCCUACCGAUGGCCGAAGGAAACCAGCGACUGGGCUUUGGACAAGGAGGACAUCAUAGCCAGCUGGAACGGCCUGCUUUCGGUGGGCCUGUUAGUGACGGCCUACUCACUCGGCAUGUGUCACGUGCCCGUGCUCCUCACUGGCGAGCUCAUCCCUUUGCGGCUGCGCUACCUCACCUCGUCGAUUGUGUGGGCGUCGCGUUGGUCGCUUACUUUCGUGCUGCUUCACUUCGACGAAGACGUGAUCAGCGCUUUUCACAACACCGGAGCGCUACUGAUGCUAAGCGUGACGGUAGCAGUGGUGGCCGCCACAGCCAUCGCUCUCGUCCCCGAAACCGAAGGCCGAACGCUAUCGGAAAUUGAACGCAGCUGA